UGGGCGCUGCAGCGGGUGGCGAGCGUGUGCCUGCUCUCUGUCCUGCCGCUCAGCCGCCCCUUCCGUCGGGCUGCGGGAGGGCGCUCGGCGGCGGCAGCGCUCGGAGCUUCGGCGGGCAGAGGCAGCGGGAGGCGGCGACCCCGCCGAUCCCUCGCUCGUCCAGCCAGCGGGGCAGAGCCCGGCGCCCGAGACCGGCCAGCUCCCCAGCAGCCUUCCCCGCGAGAGCGGCUCCCUAGUUCGGCAGCGCCCGGGCGUUUGCGAUUCUCCCCAUCCUGCGGGCGGUGAGACGGCAGGGCUCGCCAGCACGGGGGCUUUGGGUCGGUCUUCAGACGUUUGCAGCCUGGGUGUGAAGCAGGCUGCCCUUGUCAGCCCCCUGACGCCCAAUUCUAGUUGUUACCCCAGUUCAUGGAUUACCUGUGUUUUCGAGCUCUUUGCUGCAAAGGACCUCCACCUCCACGACCAGAAUAUGAUUUGGUUUGCAUAGGUCUCAGUGGCUCUGGCAAGACAAGCCUGUUGUCCCAGCUCUGCAGUGAAAAUAGAGAAAAUACAGUGUCAACCACAGGUUUUAGCAUAAAAGCAGUGCCGUUCCAGAAUGCCAUCUUGAACGUAAAAGAACUUGGAGGGGCUGACAAUAUUAGGAAGUACUGGAGUCGUUACUAUCAAGGAUCUCAAGGAGUAAUAUUUGUACUAGACAGUGCUUCUUCAGAAGAUGAUUUAGAAAUUGCUAGGAAUGAACUGCACUCUGCGCUUCAGCAUCCACAGUUAUGCACUUUGCCAUUUUUAAUAUUGGCCAAUCAUCAAGACAAGCCAGCCGCUCGUUCAGUACAAGAGAUCAAAAAGUAUUUGGAACUUGAACCACUUGCACGAGGGAAACGUUGGAUACUUAAACCCUGUUCCUUGGAUGAUAUGGAAUCAGUAAAAGACAGCUUUGGCUUCCUGAUAAAUUUACUAGAAGACAGAGAUCUUGAGCCUUCAAGGAUGUGAAGAAAACAAGGAUGGUUCUCAGAUAACAUUGUACCUGUUUGUCUCACUUUCAGCUGAAUUAUGGUUUGGUAUACAGAAGGUGUUAGCGGUUGCAAUAAAUAUAUUUUUGCAUUAAUCCCAGAAAGUCUGUUUAUAAAUUCUGUGAAUCAGAUUUAUGAUUAUUUUCAGUAAUGUUGCCUGUACUACUGAAUGGGGAAUUCCUCUUGUUUACCAACAAAUCUGUUCACUGUAUGCUAGUUUCCUGCAUUGUCCUAGCCAUAAUGCAGAAUUUUGCUGUUAUGUGCAAAAUUUAAAUCCAGCUGUAAAUGGAGAUCCAAAGUUUCAUGGAAAUUAUAGUCACUGAGAACCAGAGUACAUUUUAAAACUAUGGAAGGCAUUUUGAUGCAAAGAACAGCAGACUUUGUAAAGAAUGCACCCCACCCCCCACUUUUUAACAAUUACAAAUUGAUUUUUUUAAAUAAUGCAAACCAUUAAUUUAGCAGGAAGCGUGGCAAAAACAAUGAAAAUACCAGUAUUUUAUUAGGAUUUGGAAGCCUCAAGUGCAAAUUGCCUUUGUAAAUUUAAGUUGAUGAUUGUGUAACAUGAUGAUAUGGAGGCUACCUUGUAGUUAAAAAAAUAUGAAACAAGAGCAAUGUGCAAGUUUAAAUAAUCACAGGAUGUAUUAUUCUUCAUGACUAGUGUUAUGCUAGAAUUCCUAGCCCUUGGAAUUAUUAAAGAGAAUUCAGUGUCUCUGAAUUAUAUUCAAAA